GACACUUGUUUCGUUUUGAUUGGCUUUGCUCUCGGUUGUCGUACUGGUCUGGGGUUCACCCGGUUUGCAGAAAGUUCAAUUCUUCCAGUUGUCCACGAAACGUCCGAGGACCGAAAUCACGAUGAGAAUGAACAGUCUGCGCUUUAUUUUCGCCACUGCAUCUCUUUUUCUGUUUUUCUCACCGCGGCCGACACUCUCGACGUCGGACGCAGCGAAAAAAGGGCCCAAAGUUACAGACAAGGUUUGGUUCGAUAUAAAAAUAGGAGAUGAGUCUGUUGGAAGAAUUGAAAUCGGUCUAUUUGGUAAAACAGUUCCUAAGACUGUGAGAAACUUUAUGGAAUUAGCAACUAAACCAGAAGGAGAAGGAUACAAAGGUAGCAAAUUCCAUAGGGUUAUUAAGGAUUUCAUGAUCCAGGGAGGAGAUUUCACCAAAGGAGAUGGAACCGGAGGACGCAGCAUUUACGGAGAAAGAUUCGCCGAUGAAAACUUCAAGCUUAAGCAUUAUGGCGCUGGCUGGCUUUCAAUGGCCAACGCAGGAAAGGACACCAACGGCUCACAAUUUUUCAUCACAACAAAACAAACUCCUUGGUUAGACGGAAAGCAUGUAGUGUUCGGAAAAGUUAUCAGUGGCAUGGAUGUUGUAAGAAAGAUCGAGGCACAAAAAACUGAUGGCCGAGAUUCGCCACUUAAACGUGUCGUCAUUGAUGAUUGUGGGUCUGAGACUCUCGAGGUGCCAUUCUCGGUUUCUAAAGAAGAUGCCACUGAUCAUUCUGAACUAUAAAGAACUAUAAUUUUUUUCAGACUUUUAUAAUAAAAUGAAACAUUUUUGUUAACAUUGUUCUUCUUUUAUUACUUUAAUCUUAUUCCAUUCCAAAAACUAAAUAAAUAUCUGAAGAACAUGGGAAACAAAGUGGAGACUAUCGAAUGUUAAUUAAAAUUAAAAUUUGUUGUCGAAUCAGUCAAAAACAUUUUUCAAUUUUUAAUCACACAUAAAAAUUAAGUAAGAAUAGAAUGGCGGUGAUUUCUAGAUUGUAAUAAAUAUAAGGUUUUGUUUUGUUUUUACUUUAAAGUUUUGAGUUUAUAGACUGAUGUGAUUGGAUGUAAACACAGACAAAAAUGUGACUUAAAAAAUAAACAAAAAACGUGUUUUUGUAGAAAAUAACAGUAUUUGUGUAUUCUAGAAUUUUUGAGUAUGAAUAAAAAAACUUUUAAAAAAUGUGCCAAUUCC